GCAAUAAAUAAAUAAGGAGGGGGGUGAGAAAGCACCCGCGGGGGGGGGCAGGAACUGGGUUGCAGUGGUCCAUACUGGGAGAACCCAUCUGUGCAUUAAGAUCCCAGUCGGGGGGGGCCCUACCGGUCCAUACUGGUCGAUACUGGGAGAACGCAAGGCCACAGGGGUGAUGAGAUCCCGGGCAAGAUGCUGUACUGGUUCAUACUGGUCCAUACUGGGAGGACGCAAGGCCACGCGGGUGAAGAGAUUCCAGGCAAGAUGCUGUACUGGUGCAUGCUGGUCCAUACUGGGAGAACGCAAGGCCACACGGGUGAAGAGCUCCCAGCUGGGCUGCCGUACUGGUCCAUACUGGUCCAUGCUGGGAUGGCUGAAGGCCAUGUCAAUCCAGUGAUCCCAGUUGGGAUGCUGUACUGGUCCAUCCCGCUCCGACCCAAGGCGAUGCAUACGUGGGGUUCCCAGUUGGGGCCCCAGACCCUUCCUGGUCCAUACUGGUCUGGCCCAAGGCAACGUAGAUCCAGGAGUCCGCGGCUGGGGCGGCGUAGUGGUUCAUACUGGUCCAUACUGGUCCAUACUCGGCUGUCCCAAGGUGAUGUAGAACCCCAGCGGGGAGGCUGGCUGUACUGGUCCAUACUGGGGUGUCUCCGGACCCACCCCAUGGGGAUCUAUGGGCUUCCAGGGGGUCUAUACCGCCCCGGGGGGGGGCCUAUGGGGCCCCACCUGGUGCCUACAGGGAUCUAUAGAUCCCCCAAGGGGAUCUAUAAGGUCCCUACGUUGACCUAUAGGUCCCCAGGGGUGUCUGUGGGGUCCCUACGCUGCCCCAUAGGUCCGGAUAUUGGCCUCUGUGUCCCCAAAGAGGACCUACAGGUCCCCACGUUGACCUAGGCGUCCCCAAGGUGGCCUACAGGUCCCCAAAGAGGACCUAUGGGUCCCCUGGGAUGUCUGUGGGUCCCCACAGUGGCCUACGGGUCCCCACGGUGGCCUAGAGAGUCUCCAAAGAUGAUCUAUGGGUUCCUUGGGACGUCUACGGGUCCCGACAGUGGCCUAGGAGGUCUCCAAAGAUGAUCUACGGGUCCCCACAGUGGC